AUGUCUGAUAAUAAGCAAAUGCAAAAUACCGAAAAUACAAAUGAAUGGAUUAAUUGGAUUGAAGAAGCUAUUGUUAAAGAACAUUUAAAAUAUUACGAAUACAAAGAAUUUAGUAACUUUCAAGAAAUUGGUACCGGAGGUUUUGGAAAAGUGUAUCGUGCAAAGUGGAAAAACUUAGAAAAAAGUUUUGCCUUGAAAUCUUUUUUUAGUCUUAAUAAUAUCACUAUGAAAGAAAUUGUUCAAAAUCAUCUUAAUAAUAAUUAUAUGUUGGUAAUAGAAUACGCUGACGGUGGCAGUCUUCGAAAUUAUUUAAAGGAAAAUUUCGGUGAACUUACCUGGGACGAUAAGUACCUUAUGGCGUAUCAGUUAGCUUGCGCAGUAUCAUGCUUGCAUGAUGAGAAGAUUAUUCAUCGUGACUUGCACUCUGGCAAUAUAUUAGUCCAUAAAAACACGAUCAAAUUAGCGGAUUUUGGUCUAUCAAAAAGAAUUGGAGCAUCGUCCAACUUUCAAUCUAAAUUAUUUGGGAUGGUUCCUUAUGUUGAUCCAAAAAGUUUUAGCAGACGAAGAAAUAAUAAUCAAAUGUUUACAUUAAAUGAAAAAAGUGAUGUUUACAGUGUUGGCGUAUUAUUAUGGGAAAUUUCUAGUGGACAACCUCCUUUUUAUGCUGAAGAUGAACAUUAUGACGUUGGAUUAAUUUAUGACAUUUCACAAGGUCAUAGAGAAACGGUUGUUCCCGACACCCCCGAAGAUUAUAUAAAAAUUUAUACUAAAUGUUGGGACGGUGAGCCUGAUAAUCGACCUACUAUUUAUCAAGUAGUUGAUUGGUUAAAAGCAAAGAUUACAAAAACAGAUAUAAUAACGGAAAAUCCUCAAUUAUCAGAUGAACAAGAACUUAAUGAGGUUCCUUUAAGCACCAAUAAUUCAGAAUCACAAGGAGAUUUAUCUCAACUUAUCCAAAAUUUUAAUAAAAUGAAUACAAAAGAAAUUGAUAAUAUAGUAGUAUCAAGUGAGCAAGAGAUACUUUUAAAUGAAAAGGAUUUAAAGGAUUUUAACAGAAAAGAUUUUAGCAUUAUAGUUGAUGAAAUAAAUGAUUUAAUUUAUAAAUUAUGUAAUAAAGGAAUUGAAUGGAAAUUAGUAAGAGAGCAAGUUAUUGAAUAUUUUAAUAAUUAUAAUACAAAUUCACAAGAAAUUAAUAAUUGGUUAUUAAAUAAUCAAAAUAAUUCAAAUUCCAUUUUUUUACUUGGAUAUUUUAAUUUUUAUGUAAUUGAGACAAGCCGAAAUUAUGAGAAAGCAUUUAAAUUAUUUAUUAAUUCAUCAGAAAAAAAUCAUAUAUUAGCACAAUCUUUUGUUGGUGGAUGUUAUCAAUAUGGAAAUGGAACUAAAAAAAAUGAAAAGUUAGCUUUUAAAUAUUUUGAAAAAUUAGCUAAUAAAAAUUUCACACAUGGACAACUUAAAAUUAGUUAUUGUUAUGAAAAUGGAAUAGGUAUUGAAAAAGAUUUAAAAAAGGCUUUUUAUUGGUAUGAAAAAGCCGCAAAUAAUGGAAAUAUAUUAGCUAAGCAUAAUCUUGGUCUUUGUUAUAAAAAUGGAAAAGGGGUUGAAAAAGAUUAUAACAAAGCUUUUGAAUUGUUUAAACAAUCAGCUGAUGGAGGAUAUUUAGGUGGAAUAACAAUGUUAGGAAAUUGUUGUUUUUAUGGUAUUGGAACUAAAAUUGACAAGCAAAAAGCAUUUGAACUAUGUCAAAAAUCAGCGAAUUUAGGACAAAUGGUAGGACAAUCUAAUCUUGCUUUGAUGUAUGAAAGUGGAAAUGGAAUUAUAAAGGACAUGGAUAAAGCGAUUUAUUGGUAUGAAAAAUCUGCCAAACAAGGUUAUCAGGAUGCACAAAAUAGAUUAGAAAUACUUCAAAAAAAUAAAUAA